CGUACGUUCUCAUAUAUCCAAGCCUACCUCGUAUUUUUACCCACCGCACAACCACAAACCCAACUACAUACGCAAGCUAUUAAACAUGAGUUUUACACCGGUCAACCCAAAGCCAUUUCUGCAGUCGCUUAUCGGAAAGCCCAUCAUCGCACGGCUAAAGUGGGGCCAAGAAUACAAGGGCAUGCUGGCAUCCAUCGACUCGUACAUGAACAUGCAACUGAUCAAUGCAGAGGAAUUUCAAGAUGGAAAUUCCACAGGUGAGCUUCCCGGAGAAUUGCUGAUUCGCUGCAAUAAUAUCCUGUAUGUUCGCGAGGUUGUUCUGGAUUCGCAGAAUGGAGGAGAGGAUAUGGAGGCAGAUGAAGGAGAGGAAGUCGAGGAUACCCGGGAUGAACAUCGUCAGUAUCGUCGUCAUGGAAACGAGUCUGAGGACGAACAAAUGGAGGAAGGCGAGCAAGAAUAAAAAUAAAACUGGUAAUUUUUUGUAAGAAUAUUUGCUGUGGCAGUCGUUUUUUGAGUACUCGCUUAGAAACAUCAAUUUGGCUCAAAAGUUUAUUUAAAAAAUAGUUAUUGGAUUGGGGUUAUUAAAUGGAGAAGUAUAACCAAACUGCUAUGCUAUGCUGUUUGAGGGUAAUAGCAUUAAUGCGCUCAGGAUGGAGUUCAUAACGCUCCGUUCUGGCAAUGUCCUCUAGCGCUUGGUG